GAUUGAUUUGUGUAUUAAAUUUUUUUUAAUGAAUCAGAAGAAGUACCGAGUCUCACACUGAUCGGAACUGAGUUUAUUAUGGCAGCCGUCACUACAAGAGCUAUAACCAUGGCUGCCACCAGCUGCAGCUCCAGAUUCAUAACCAAAAGCCCAUUACUGGUGAGGCACAAGCUUCUUGCUCAGAAUGCUCUCAACCUUCGUCGUUCCACUUCUAAGAAAUCUUACACCUGCAGCGCCAUCUACAACCCCGACGUUCUCGUCAAGGAGGAAGGCCAACCUCAGACCCUCGAUUAUAGGGUUUUCUUCCUUAACAAAUCUGGCAAAAAGGUUUCUCCUUGGCAUGAUAUUCCAUUGCGAUUAGGUGAUGGUGUCUUCAAUUAUAUUGUUGAAAUACCAAAAGAAUCUAAUGCAAAGAUGGAGGUCGCAACUGAUGAGCUAUAUACUCCCAUAAAGCAGGAUACCAAAAAGGGAAAGCUUCGAUAUUACCCCUAUAAUAUACAUUGGAACUAUGGCUUACUUCCUCAAACCUGGGAAGACCCAUCUUUUUCCAACUCCGAUGUUGAAGGAGCAUUUGGAGAUAAUGAUCCAGUUGAUGUGGUUGAGAUUGGUGAACAACGGAGACAGAUAGGUGAGGUUCUGAAGGUCAAACCCUUGGCUGCAUUAGCCAUGAUUGACGAGGGAGAACUUGAUUGGAAAAUAGUUGCAAUCUCAUUAGAUGAUCCAAAAGCUUCUCUUGUGAAUGAUGUUGAUGAUGUUGAGAAGCAUUUUCCUGGCACACUCACUGCUAUUAGGGACUGGUUCAGGGACUACAAGAUACCCGAUGGAAAGCCUGCUAAUAAAUUUGGUCUUGGCAACAAGGCAGUGAAUAAGGAUUAUGCGCUUAAGGUAAUCAAAGAGACUAAUGAGUCAUGGAGUAAACUUAUCAAGAGAUCAAUUCCUGCAGGAGAGCUGUCAUUGGUGUAAAUGCAUCGGGGGAUUGCAGUUAUUCAGUUACAUUCUAUACAGUUCGAUGUAUGAGUUUGCAAUGCAAGCACUUCUAUUUAGCGUCGUCCCCUUUAUAUCUGUUUCAUAUCAAAUGCCGUUUUCACCAGGCGUUUGUUCAAUAUCAACCAUCUAAUGUAUUCUACAUUUUUCUUUUUGCCUUACUGUAUUAAUUUUUUGAAUUUUAGUGAAUAAGAUAAAUGGUUCUAUCGUUCCAUAAUCAAUAGUAUGGCCGAUUGUGAAUGAUGAAACAAACCAUUGAAUUGAAUUAGGCUUGGAAGAAACGUAUGACAAGAUGAUUAUGUAGCAAGAAUAAACAUGACCACUGGAUGCAAACUUUGCUGGCUAAGGCAAGAAUAUGAUACCUUUUUCUUAUUUUAUUUUUUGGACAUAAGAAUAUGAUACCGUUUUUGAACAAGUUAAGUCCCGCAUCGCCCAACACAAUCAAAUUUCUAGUAAUCAAAAUAUAUAUAAGGCAACCUUGGUCAGCCUGUUAAACCACGGAGCUGUGCAGUGAGCACAGAACAAACUAUUCUUUCGCCUUUUACUAAAGAAUACCGUGUGCUCGCUGCAAUUAGCAGCAUACGCUAAUUUUUUGAGAGGAA